AACAUUUACUGAUGAAACUAAAAUCAUACGGUAUCCAAGGCGACGUGUUGAGAUGGGUUAAAAACUGGCUAAACAACCGUAAACAAAAGAUUAGUAAUAAAUGGAAAAGCAUCCAAGUGGACUAACGUAACCAGCGGGGUGGCACAGGGAUCAGUCUUAGGACCUGUUCUCUUCCUUGUUAACAUAAACGACAUAGACGAGGGUGUUACCAGUAUAAUAUCGAAGUUUGCUGAUGACACCAAAAAAGCGAAUUCCAAGAUCUCUAACGAACAAGGAAUAGAAAUGCUAAAAAAAUCUAGAGAAGUUGUCAUAGUGCGGACAAACCUUUCAAAGUGCUUCACAUGGGAUAUAGAAAUGAGAAAACAAAGUAUAUUCUAUAUAAUACCCAGCUUAAAAGCGUUGACAGUGAUAUUGAUUUAGGAAUAACAAUACUGAGUAGCUUAAAACCUAGUCGUAAAAAAAGAAGAAAAUAACUAACUAGCUUAAUCGUCAGAUCUUUUUAGUAUAAAUCUAAGGAUACAAUCCUCACUUUAUAUAAUUCUUUAGCCUGUCCCUUUCCGGAAUAUUGCGUUCAGGCAUGGUGCCCCUAUUACCGGAAAGACAUCGAUAAAUUAGAAAGAGUUCAUCGUAGAGUAACAAAAAUUAUACUAAGCCUAAGAAACAAAUCAUAUGAAGAGCGUCUUAAAGAGUUUAAUCUAUUUCUAUUAACAAAAAUAUGACUGAUAGGCGACUUAAUACAGGUGAUUAAAAUAAUUAAAGGCAUUGAUAACGUGCACUGCAGGAAAUAUUUCACGAUGCACUCUUAAGAUUACACGCGAGGAAACAGUUGCAAAAUUGUUAGGAAAUCCUUCAAAUCUUAUGAAUCAAAAUAUAUAUUUUUUUCCGAGUAGUAAAUGGAUGGAAUGGGCUUCAUCGAGACGUGAUAGACUGCAAUAGCGCAGAGGCUUUUAAACGCCAUCUUUUUUUUUGCCUGCGAUCAGCGGCUAAGAGCGUUUGUUUGUUAGUGAUUAAUUUCCUUGCCUUCAGGAAAUGGGGGCACCUCAUUUCAUCUAUUUUCUUUCUUUCCUUUAAAACUUACUUCGGGUUUUUCCUUCUCUAACUCCGUACGGUAUUUCCUUUCGACCUGUUUUCCUGUACGGCUUAUGCCAGAGAGAAUGGAGAGUGGGGAGAGAGUCUUCUCAGUUGCUGUCCUUUUUUUUUCUACUGUCACCUUAGUAGUCCUAGGUCAGGUCACCUCGGGAGGACUGCAGAGUUUUUUCUGGCCUGUUUUCCUAUGUAUCUUUGUGGAACAAAAACUUUCUCAAAACUGGAUUCAUCUCUCUUCAAAUAAAUUAUGUUACAUAUCCCAUAAGACUUUGCAUUACAUUUCCGAAAAAAAUUUCUUCACGCAAUUAGCAUUUAAUAAUACCCAAUGCUACAUCUUUCAAAACAUACCCUUUACAUUUUACUCUGGACUGCAUUACAACUGUUAGGCUCUAUACUUAUGAAAACUGUGCGGCUUGCCCAUGUUGACCCUCUCUGGUGUGUGUCCCGUCUAUUUCCGCCUCCUACAUCUCAUAAUACACCACGCGAUGUUAAAAGGACUUUUUGCCCCAACAAGGCUUUCAUUGCUAGCAGAUUUAUUUUCCAGUUGUGAGCAAGGUUUAUCUUCGAGUACCUUUAUCUAAUAAUAGUGGUGGUCAUUAUGGCAAAGAGAAAACUGAUUGGUGGAAGUCACAAUGGCAAGGUGAAAGCUGAUUGGCUGGAAACACUCUGCCUCUUUCCUAACUCCUACCUCUUUCUCCAAGACAGUUUCAACACUCAAACCAUGUCAGGUACUGAGAAAGGAUAUACCUACACCAGUCUAACACAGGCAGAAUAUAGAGAAAGGGUAUACUUACACCCGCCUAACACAGACAGAAUAAACCACAAUGGCAUCAAGUGACAACAACAACAACAGCGAUUACUACACACUCCUCGGCGUGAGCCGCGGCGCCACGCCCGAGGAAAUCAGGAAAGCGUACAGGCGGCUCGCCCUCCUCCACCACCCGGACAAGAACCCGGCCAGCGUGCGGGAGGCGACGGUCAAGUUCCAGCGUAUCCAGGCCGCCGUGGAGACGCUCUGCCACCCCAAGAAGAAAAACGCGUACGACAGAGAGUGCCGCCAGCGAGAGAAUAAGAGGAAGAGGGACGACAGCUGCAGGGAGAGGGAGCACAAGAGAAGGAGGGAAGAAGGGCAGCACGAACACAGCCAUCACAGAGAACGAGGGAACGACAAGAGGAGAAGGAAGCAGGAAGAGGAGAGGCGCAAGAGAUAUCAGAAGAGGCGGCGACGGCAAGGAAGAGUCUACAGUUCUGAUGAAGACGAGGAAGAAGAUUUACAAGACGACGUUCAUGAGGAAGAGAGUAGCGAGCACAGCGAAUGCACGGAAGAGAGUUCUGACGAAGAAGAGGAACAUGUGUAUGGGGCGUACGAACACGACCCAGAUUACGAGACGGAGACGGAUGAAGACUCCGCUUCCUGCAGCGACUACGAGUGCGAGGAAUCGUCAGAGCUGGAGACUCCGUCAGAGGAAGAGUCUGAGCCAGAGUCUUCCCACGAGCAGGACUCCGAUUACGAAUCCGAGUACGAGGCGACGAGCGAGUCAUACAUGGGGGACGAGAGGGACGCCUCCUCCGAGCACGACGAGGAGGAAGAACAGGAAGAGGCGGAACAUGAGAAAGAACAGUCUGAAAGCGAAGAGACUAAUGAAGAAGAGCGGCACCAACACAGGCAUGGAAAGAGAAAGAUACAGGAGGAGGAUAAAGAAUUUAGGCAACGUGAAAAGAAAAUGAAAGAAGAGAGAGAAGACUCCGAACACGAAGAAGGUAAUGAAGAAGCGCAGCACGAAGAGAGUCAUGAUAAAAGAAAGAGAGAGAAAGAAGAUGAUGGGGAAGAAUUUACACAACGUGGAAAGAAAAUGAGAGGAGACGUAGAAGAAUCCGAUGACGAAGAAAAUUAUGAAGAAGGGUCGCACGAGGAAAGGCAUGGCAAAAGAAAGAGAGAGGAAGAAGAGGAAAAAGAGUUUACACAACGUGGAAAAAAAUGAAAUGAUGCGGACAAGAUUCGGAAGACGAAAAAAGUGAAGAAGAAUCGGAACACGAUGACAAUGACGAAAACUAUGAACACAAAGAACAGGAAGACGACUACGAAGACGAAAAGGAGAAUGAAGAGUCUGAAGACGAGGAGGAAGAAGAAAUAUCCGAAAAAGAAGAUUUCGAAUACGAAGAAGAGGAGAAAGACUCUGAAUACGAAGAGGAGGAGGAAACAACGAGCGAAAAUGGCAGGUGAGAAGAGGAGGAAGAGGAGGCGUCAGACGCUGAGGUGGAGGCGACAUCAGAGUGUGAGAGAGAAGAAGAAGAAGAGGAUGGGCGUGAGAGGAAGCAGAAACGAAAGCGGAGCAAAGAGGAGGAAGGGGCUGGAGCCAGUAAGAAGAGCAGGCGAGGCUGAGCACGAGAGCAACAAAGACGAAUAGGAGCCAAGAGCGACGCGUCCUCCAAAGACUAGGAUAAACAACAGAGGAAGUCGAGAGUGACAAGAGACGAAGAAGAAGAGGAAGAGAGACAUCCCUCGAAGAGCAGAAGGAAGAGAUGUAUGCAGAAAGUGAUAAUUACCCAGAAGUAGGGAAGGAAGAGAUGAAUGAAAAGUGAAAAAGGGAAAAGAGAAGUGAUAUCCAUCGAAAAAGAGGAGCAAGAAAUGGAUGCAGAGAGAGAGAUAUCCAACGAAGAAGAGGAGGAUGAGAAGGAUGCAGAGAGUGAUAUUCAUUCCAAGAAGUUAUAUGCUCCGAAAAAGAGGAGAAAGAGAAAGAUGCAGAAAGUGGUAUCCUCCGAUAAAGAGAUAGGAGAGAAGGAUGCAGAGAAUGAUAUUCCCCAAAAAAGAGAAGAAGAAGGAAUGAUAGUGAUAUCCCUCGAAGAAGAGGAGGAAGAGAAGGAUGCAGAGUGAGGAAAAAGAAGAAGAAAACGAUGCAGAGAGUGAUAUCCUUAGAAGAAGAAGAAAAAAAAGAAUGCAUAUUGAAGAAGAGGAAGAGAAGGAUGCAGACUAAAGAAGAAGAGGAAGAGAAGGAUGCAGAGUGAUAUCUUCCGAAAAAGAGGAGGAAGAGAAGGAUGCAACGAAUGAUAUUCCUUGAAGAAGAAUAGAAGAAAAAGGAUAGAGAGAGUGAUAUCCCUCGAAGAAGAGGAGGAAGGGAAGGAUGCAGAGAGUGAUAUCCCUCGAAGAAGAGGAGGAAGAGAAGGAUGCAGAGUGAUAUCCCUCGAAGAAGAGGAGGAAGAGAAGGAUGCAGAGUGAUAUCCCUCGAAGAAGAGAAGGAAGAGAAGGAUGCAGAGAGUGAUAUCUCUCGAAGAAGAGGAGGAAGAGAAGGAUGCAGAGAGUGAUAUCCCUCGAAGAAGAGAGGAGGAAAAGAAGGAUGCAGAGAGCGAUAUCUCUCGAAGAGGAGGAGGAAGAGAAGGAUACAGAGAGUGAUAUUCCUGGAAGAGGAGGAAGAGAAGGAUGCAGAGAGUGAUAUCCCUCGAAGAAGAGGAGGAAGAGAAGGAUGCAGAGAGUGAUAUUCCUCCAAGAAGAGGAGGAAGAGAAGGAUGCAGAGAGUGAUAUCGCUCGAAGAAGAGGAAGAGAAGGAUGCAGAGAGUGAUAUCCCUCGAAGAAGAGGAGGAAGAGAAGAAUGCAAAGAAUAAUAUUCCCCGAAGAAGAGGAGAAGGAUGCAGAGAGUGGUAUCUUCUAAAAAAAAAAAAAGGAGGAAGAGAUGGAUGCAGAUGAUACUCCCAGAAUAAGAGGUAGAAGAAAAGGACGCAUAGUGAAGAAGAAGAGGAAGAGAAAGAUGUACAGAGUGAUAUCCUUCGAAAAAAUAAGAGGAAGAUAAGAUGCAGAGUAACACUUAAUCUGGACAUGAAUAGCAGAAGGAGUCUGAAAAAGAAAAGAAUGAUAAAGAAAUGCGACACGAGAAGGGGCACGACAAAAGAGAGAGACAGGAGGAGGAUGAAGAAGGGUUUAGACAACGUCAACAGUAAAUGAGAGAAAACAGAGAUUGGAAAGACAUAGAGUCGUAAGAAAAAAAGAAGAACAAAGAGUAAAAAGACGAAAAGAGGGACGAACUUCAUGCCUAAGGACUCAAAGGAAACUCUCUGUCUACAGAAAAAUAAAUUACUAUUAACUCAAACCAGUAUUUAAGGAAAUGGAGAGGACUCACUCACGUACCAACGCAGAUAUUGAUGCUCAUUGUAAAUUUUUCAUGGAUAGAUACUUAAGAGCAGUGCAAGAGUGCGUACCUAUGAAAAAUCGUCGUCCCACUCAAAACGUUAAGCCUAAGUGGUGGAACACUCAGACAGCUGAAUGCUUGCGCGCCAAGAGGGAUGCCCAUAAUAAAUUAAAAUCCUUCAGUAAUAACGAGGAACGCAGUAUAUUCCUUAAGACGUAAAGCCAAGAGGUUAAUCAACACACCAAAAGGUUCACCGAGGUACAUGUUGCGAACCAGAGUUAAACGAAACCGUAGUAAUUUUAUGACUUCAUCAGGCAAAAGAGAGUGAUUACUUCAACUAUUGGACCCAUAACUGACGAUAAUGAAGAUUACCCCAAUGAUUGAUUGAUUGAUUGCCUCAGCAUUUACAAUAGAAGACCUCAGUGACAUUUCUAGGGUGCCAACAAUUCAAAAUAAUACCAACGACGUCCUAAGUAGCAUCAGUAUGACAAAGUGACUUAUCAAAAUGUAUCGAUAAACUUAAAGUAAGAACGUCACCCGCGCCUGACAAGAUCUCACCCCGCAUAUUAAAAGAAGCGAAAUCCGAAUUGGUCAAACCACUGAUCAUUUUGCCCGAUAAAUCUCUGCAGUCCGGUACGGUGCCAGAUGAGUGAAAGGUUGCUAAUGUAACUUCGAUUUAAAAAAAAAAAGGCAAUAAAUCUUUACCAUAUAAUUACCGGCCAUUUACCUUAAUUCAGUCGUAAGGUAAAUGCUUGAAACACUAAUAAGAGAUACACUCGUUCAUCACUUAGAAGAAAACAACUUACUAAAAAAUACUCAUCACGACUUCCGCAGCAAAUGCUCUUGUUUGAAGAGCGUCUUCGAUUUCUCCUAUGAUAUUCUGAACCAAUAUGAUGAGAGUAAAGCAGUAGAUUUAAUAUAUCUUGAUUUUCAAAACACCUUUGACAAAGUCCGCCAUAAACGUUUACUGAUUAAACUAAAUUCACACGGUAUCCAAGGCGACGUGUUGAGAUGGGUGAAAACUGGCUAAACAACCGUAAACAAAGAGUAGUAAUAAAUGGAAAAGCAUUCAAGUGGACUAACGUAGCCAGCGGGGUGGCACAGGGAUCAGCCUUAGGACCUGUUCUCUUCAUGUUUACAUAAACGACAAAGGUGAGGGUGUUACCAAUAUGAUAACCAAGUUUGGUUAUGACACCAAAAUAUCGAAUUUCGUAGUCUCUAACGAACAAGUAAUAAAAAUGGCCCCAAAAAAAUCUAGACAAGUUUUCAGAGCGGGGGUAAACCCGGCAAAUGAUUUUUAAUGUGAAUAAGUGCAAAGUGCUUCACAUAGGGUAUAAAAAAGAGAAAACAAAAGUAUUUUUUAAAUAAUACUCAACUUAAAAGCAUUGAAAGCAAAAUAUAUUUAGAAACAACAAUAUCGAGUAGCUUAAAACCUAGCCAGCAAAGUUUAGAAGUCGUAAAGAAAGUGAAUAAAAUAAUUGGCUUAAUAAGCAGAUCUUUUGAAUAUAAAUCUAAGGCUACAAUCCUCACUUUGUAUAAAUCUUUACUCUUU